AUGACGCCCGAGGGGGUUGAAGGCGAGGCCGGCCUCCACGAUUCAAGCCACAACACAACAAGGGCCAUUUCCGACUCCAGCUUUUUCAGGGAGCAUCGGGCGUCUACGCUCCCUACCCCGGCCGAGGUGAGAGCCAUCAACGUGGAGUCAGGCAACAUCCGUGGCACAAGGUUCAACCGACCCCCGCCUGUCAAGUUUCCAUCGAUGGGCCUGAUUGUCAAAUAUGGAGCCGACACAACCAUUACAGAGGCAGAGACCCAAAAUAUGGUAUACAAGCAGUUGAAAGGCAGAGUACCAGUUCCUGAGGUGUUUGGGUGGACCGAAGACUGUGGCCAAGCAUUUAUCUACAUGUCUUUGAUAGGGGGCGAACCCUUGGAGCAAAGAUGGGGUGUUUUGAACGAUGAGGAGAGAGAGGCUGUCUGUAAAGAGAUCAACAGCAUGGUCAAGGCCUGGAGAUCGUUAGAACAGCCCGAGCAAGUCCUUUACGUGGGUGGCCUAGAUAAUCAACCUCUAAAUGACAUCUUUCUUUCCGGUCACCGGGACUUGGCUGGCCCAUUCCACGGUGCAGACGCCGUCCAGAAAUUUCAGAAUGGCUGCGAUAUCGAGAUUGAUGGGGAGGUGCCCGUGGUCUUCACGCAUGACGACCUUGUGCCCCCAAAUAUCCUUUUAUCGCCCGGGACGAAUCCAGUAGUAGCUGCCAUCAUUGAUUGGGGCCAGGCAGGGUGGUAUCCUGCUUACUGGGAGUAUUGCAAGGCGCGUCGCGUCAGGCCGGAUCCGGAAUAUUUUGAUGAAGACUUGGAUGAAGAAUGGAAUACGAGAUACCUGCCAACUAUUUUAGACCCGGUCGAUGAUGAGACAGUAUACCACCCUUGGUUGUGGUUUGUCUUGUCCAAGGGUAUCUAG